AUGUCAAUGCCUUUGAGUCGACGUGUUUUUAAUAAAUAUGAUUUGGAUCACAAUGGCACAAUAUCGUUGGAUGAAUUAAAAGUUUUAUGUGCUGAACAUUGUUCUCAGUUAACUGAUCGCGAAUUUGAAUGGUUAAAAACGUAUAUAGAUAAAGAUGGAGACAAUGUCAUAUCAUAUGACGAAUUCGCACAGUUUUGGAAAUCAAAAAAUCGUUUUGCAAAUGCGAAACUGGAUGAUGGACAAAUGAUGAUAAUUGAUACAAUUAUGAAAAUAUUUCGGGCUUAUGACAAGGAUAAAUCCGGAGAAUUAGAUAAAAAUGAAUUUCUUCAAUUGAUAGACGAUUUACUUAAAGCUGGUUUAAUACAACGGACACAAAAUUUCGAAUUUGAUGAAAUUGAUCGAUCAAAAAAUGGAACAAUUAACUUUAAUGAGCUUAUUGCUUGUUUAAUUGAGACUAAUGUACUAAAUGGAUUCGGUAUUGAAUAG